AUGAAUAUUGUAAACUUGUUUAUGCCAGAGAAGGCAUGUUUUUUCACCGCGACUGGACUUAGCGUGUUCUGACGGAAACCUCUAUUUUCGACUCAUUUAAAUCGCAUGCGUCUGUUGAUAAAGUCAUUAGUUAAUUGCUAUAAAAUUCGAAGUUCCGAAUGCUGACACUAAGAGUGAUUUAGUUUGUUUGUGAGAUCAUCUUUGAUUUAUAUUAAAAUAUUUUCCAGCGUCGUGUGCUUUUGAAAAGUUUUAAAUAAGUUUGGAUAUCUUGUGUAUUUAGAUAUAGCAGACUAUGUUAACCGUAGUGAAUAGGCUGGUCUUAUAAAGUAGACUUUUUGUGAUAGCGGCACGAUGGUUUAUGUAUUGAUUGAUGAAACUGGAGGAAACACUCCUUCCUCUCACAUUUUCAAUGACCCAGUUUUCUGGAAGUACUUCGAAAACCAGGUUUUGUCAAAAACUUGGAGUUGCAACUUCUCUCCCAAUUUACUAACAGAUACCAUAGAGAAAGAUGCCAAACUUUACAGCAAUGAUUCAAUUUUCCGGCAGCGUAGGAGAGGUUCUCUUAAAUGGGUCCAUAAUGACACUCUAUGGAUCUCUCUCGUUUUAGGUGCUUGCAAAGAACUCGCCAACAAACGCCAAGGAAUCUUCUCCAAAGAACUUAAGGACCUUCACAUGCUAGAAGCUUUCGAAGAUUUCGUGGACCACAUCGACUACUUCUACAAGGUUGCUUCUAUUAUGAAAUCCAAAGGGCACCCAGUUCAAGUCUUUGGACAGAAUUCUUCAAAAAUCCACGACAUCGAUAAAUUAGAUCCUGUAAUGAUGGUAGGAUAUUCUGAAAGAUUCGAAGAUAAUGUCACAACAUCCGUCUGGAAUCAUUGUGUGGACAGGCAUACCACUGUUAAUCCUCAUCAUCAAGCUCAUUGCUUAUGGCAUGAUUGCUGUCAGCAAGAGGCCGCUGGGUGCACUUUUUGUGAUGAUAUCAGAACUAAGGCUUUGUGUGAAAUGAUAUGUGAUAAAGUAUCAAGGCGUGUUCAAAAGAAUCUUGGGGGUCAUUUUAGUAAUGAAAUGUGGGAUGUGGAACCAGCUUACUUCAAGGGACUUUCUGAAGAUUAUAUGGAGAAGGUUAUGAAAAUGCUGCAGCAGCUGAAGAACAGCAAUUCUACAAAUAGAACUUAAAACGCACUAUUAUGUUUUUUUGAAAUCUUAUUGUCAUUUAGUUUCGCAAUAUUUGAUGAUUGACAAGAUAUAUUCAAAUUUCAUUAAGCUUUCACCAUAUGUAAACUAUUUCUAAUGAUGCUAGUGAUAAAUUUGGUGAUAAGUUUUUAAAAUUUAAAUCACUUACAUUUUCAAUGAAUGAUAAUGCAUAUGAUUACAACAUCCAUAUUAUUUAAUGUUUAUUUAUAUAAAUUAUUUGUUUUGAAAACAUGCACAAUAAUACUAUGUUGGAAA